UUGCGAUUUCUGAGGUAGUGUAUUUUAAAUACCUCUGUAUUGGUAUCGCCCAAAGGCUAUAAAUACUCAGCUGAACGAUCGCCUAUCCGGUGCACUGUGUGCAGCUUCGGUUGCUAAGGAACCACCGAAUGCAGGUGGCACAAAGAUGGUGGCAUAGUGAGAAAGGUGGUCAGUCUGGCAGGUUGAGGUGGGGGGGGGCACCACAAACACGCCAGGAUUCUGACUACUAAAUUUUCACUGCCUGCCCUCAGUCGAUCUCAUCAUCUCCAUGUCUAUCCCUGGAUUGUAGCUACAAUUAUGGUGACACUUAUCACAGAGCAGCUCAGUAAGCAGAGUUUGGAAGAGCCUUAUUAUAAGGCUUUCUCAUUCAAUGUGAAUGUGUCAUUACCUGCAGUGGGAUCCAGUCCCACUGUCUCAUGGAGUGCUUAUAGAUCAACACAAGACACUAGCUCAGCUACACAACCAUCAUCCAAAGACUCCCUACCAGAUGAUUCCUGUGGACCAGACUCUCUAUGGGCUCCUUCCCAUUCUGGAGAACCUAUCCAGAGACCAGAGGUUUCUUUCACAGACAAAGUUUUCCAAAGCUCACCCCCACCGCCACCUCCAAAACGCCACUGCCGAUCCCUCUCUGUUCCUGAAGACCUGUCUCGGUGCCGCUCCAGCUGGCAUCCAAGUGCAUCCAAGGUUUGGACCCCAGUCAAACGUGGCUGUCAAAGUGGAGGAGCAUCUAGUUCAGGCUCUGGAGCUGGCUCUUUGCCACUUUGUGGUCCCAGUUCCUCAUUUACCUCUUCAUCCCUACACUCAUCUUCUAGCCCUACCUUCUUUAGCUUAGCAUUGUCCUCUGACUCCCCACUACCAUGGAGCUUCCCAUGGGACCCUUGUGACAAACUGAAAGGAGCCUGUUCUGCCUCCUUUGCUACUCCUUCCUCCUGCUCCUCUUCACCGGCCCCCAUGGUUUCUCACUCAGUGCUGCAGCGCCGUUUUUCUCUCUCCCCUGUGCACAUUCAGGAUGCCUCUGUGGUGCUUCUACCUCCACAGCCGUCCCCUGGUUCUGCUCUGAUAUAUGAAUGUUCUGGCAUGGAACACCCAGCCCUGUCUCCAUCUCCCACCUCAGCCUGCAGUACACCGUCCUCCUCUAGGCGCGACCAUCCCCCGGUACUGCCACGAUGCCACUCACAGCCCUGUGAUAUGCGUAAACCUCGCUUGAAGAGGCGCCAUGACCCAGAUGUUCUGCCUUGCCCCAGGCCAGGCCUUGACUUCAGCAAGAUGACACAGAUUGGUAGUCACGAGAGCCUAGUGCGUGGUACAGGUGGUUGCAUAGUCCAAGUGUCUUCUCAGGCAGAGCACCGCUCAGCCUUCUCACCUGCAGAGUUCCUGGGACGAGCCAGCAUUGGGCCUCUAAGUGAAAGUGAAGAAGAGGAAGAAGAUAAAAGAAAAAAGACUGCAACAGAUGGAGGACAAAAAGUUGUUUUCGAAAGAGACUGCACAGAACUGGACUUAAACCUUAUCGAAGAGAAUUGACCACCCCAUGGUGCUCCAAGUGUGAUAACUGCUUUCAUAAAAAUGUUAAGCACACCUGUAAGCUUUGUUCGCUCUUCUGGCAGUCUUUGGGAACCUGCUGCCUCCUAAAGCAUAUGUCCAUAAUCAAGAACCAAGCAGUUAGAAGCUAAUAUCAAAUAACGAUGCUAUAGGGAAAUGUGCAUGAGCAAAUAAGAGUUUUCAUGCGCACAGAAUUUUGGCUAAUUUCAUAUUAUACAAGUCUUAAUUUGCAUUAACCAUCAGCACACUUCUUGACAUACUUCCAUAUCCUCAUCAGAGAACACUAUAUACUGGAGUAAGCAGAAUGUGGCUAAUAUUUCCUCCAUAAAGUUAUUUGAAUACACACUAAAAAGUAAUAGUUUUAUGGGAUAAAGGUAAGCAUUCCUCAAUGCCUCAUCAGAUACUGGUGUAGCCUACUUUUGUAUUUGGGUCUCUGAAUGUGGAAAUAACUGGGGAUCUGUUGAUGGUGGACAUGAUGUUGCUGUGUAGCCCAAACAAUAUAAGAAUACUGAUCUAUAUAUAAAUGCUCUCCUGUAGGUUUAACAGGAUACAUUCCAGGAUUUCUCUGAAGUUCUUAAAUCCCUCAAAGACCCUAAAGAUGCAUCUGCUUUUACUGCUGUUCUGUCAUUGAUUUUAGCUUGCCCUUUUGGUGUAUCUACAUCAUCAAAGGGAAGCUUUUCUUGUUAUAGCACAAAUGAUAGCUCCCUUUCGUUCAUUUAUUUUCUUUUUGGAGUUUUCUCAAUUGCGUGAACAUUAACACACCUUGUGAACAAUAAUGCUGAUGAGACUGUAAACUGACCAUGCCUUAAGCUUCAAAUACUGAGCUCUUGGUGCUCUGGUCUUCUUUUCACAGCCAGACAUUUUUGCAGUCUCCAUUUGCGAUUCAGAUAUUUUUGAACAGGUUGCACAUGCACUAUAAUUGUCAAUUGAAUAACUGAAUCGUUGCUACAGUUGGACUCCAUAGGGCACAAUGUAAUGUACUGUACAGUGGUUAGAGUGAGAACACACAUCAAGCCAAUUCUGAGUGUAUGUGACAAAGGUGGUAGUGAAGAUGAUGAUUUGGUGGCCUUUCAGAAAUGAUUUUUUCAGAUAGAAAUAUUCCUGUUGCACAAUUUCUGUACAAAUAAAGUUUAAUAGAGAAUGAUAUUUUUU